AGCUGACAUUUGAACAGAUCGGUUCGUCUCAUUUCGUGUAAGCUGGCAACACGAGACAUGUCGAACACCACAGUACGUGCCCCAAUACCAACAUUGAAGGGCAUGUUUUCAGUGCCGCGUGUCACACCAGGACGUAAUUUCUUAAAGGAAAACAAAAAAAGCUUACGUUCAUUAGAAAAGACAACAACAGAGAAACUUGCCGCGAAAAAGCCGGUACGUCCCAAAUGGAUGCCCCCGCUACGUCGCACUGCGUCUGAGUCGCGAGACCGUGAGUCGGUCCGCUGCGACUCGGAGAGACUGUCAUCAAGGCAGGUUGAUGACGAGGUCUGUUUAUUGCGCCCUCAGAAUAACUCACGUUCGCAGCAUUGCCUAGACAAACCGCAACCAGAAGCACCCCAUGUAGUCCCAGAGAAACGUGAGCAGCAGAAAGACAAAAAAGUUCGCACGACACAGUCGAACCCACAACCACAACAGCCACCGCAGCCCAAACCGGCUCAGUCUACACAGCAACCGCAGCCGCAACCUCAACCUCAACCUCAACCGCAGCCGGUUCAGCCAGCAUAUCAACCGCCGCCGCAAGCGGAACUGCAGCCAGUUCAGCACACAACAAAACGCUGUCAAUCAUGUAGCAGCGAACACAUCGGCACCAGCAUUGCCAUACAGACAGAAGACAUCAUGGAUGAGCUCUAUCUAACCAAUGCACUCAAAAAGUGCAAUAUUGACAACAAGGCCUUAGUGGGUGAGGGGCGUAAGUUUUGCGUCGACUCUGGACCCGAUUACGAUGACGACGAAAAACUACUGCAAUACAAUGAUGAUGAUGAACAGCCACUGUCAGCCCGAUCCAAUGAAUAUUUAAAACAGCGCGCCUUAGAUAUAGAUGAUAACGAAUUAAUGCCCUUGCCCGAAAUGGAGAAUAUAGGUUUUGAUAAUACUGAUGAAGAGGCACCAUUGAGUGGACGCAGUCGCGAAACAAUUGCCACCGACGCUUCAAAUGCCGCAAACAAAUCAAACCGUCGCGCACACAAGUUAGGCUCACGCGAUGAUUUACGCUUGCCGCGCUAUUUGGAAAAGGAGAAGCGUGAAAGAGCCGAUGCUAAAGAACGUGAUGAUUCACGCGAUCCAGAGUGUCCACGCGGUCACGUAUUGAUGAGUGAACCGGAUCGCCUGGCAGCUUUGGCCACAGCCAAAAAUCGCUUUCAGAUGCUUAUUAACGAGAUAAAUCACAUGCCCAUGACCGCACAAACUCUGCGAGUGCGUUCACGCAAGGCUGAGAUCGAAAAGGAGCUAAUCGUUGUCGAGGACGAAAUACGCAUUUACUCCAAGGCUAAAGUCUAUGUGAAAGCAGCUAAAUCGCGAAAUCUCUAAUACAAACGGAAUUGCGUUAACUGUUUACAAUCAUUGAAAAUCAACGAAAAGAAUCUCCCACUCUAAUAACAGGUUUCUGACAACAAGAAGUUUCACUUGGUGGAAUAAUCCGACCGAAUUGGAUCCUUUGGAACAAACCUAGCCUUUUAUGUGUUCUUAAUAGUAUUUAUAUUUUUUAAACGAGCAUUAAAAACCGUAAAAAAAAAUUAUGGACUAGAAUGUAGAGAAACAGCGACAGUGAAACAAAAAUGAAUAAAGAUUGAGAUGAGUGAAGGUCAAA